AUGACACCAAUCCAAAAGCUAGCUGAGCCUGUAAAAGUACAUAUAUUAGGGGCUGGUGCUUUGGGUUCACUCUUAGCCCAUGACUUGAAAUUGCAUCAACAACGAGCUGUAUCGCCGACGCUUUUACUUCGACCAAAUAAAUCUUCAAUAAAAGAUCAAUUUGUGAGAGUGAAGCGUCUCAAUGAUGUACAUAAAUCAAAGGAGUCCUAUAUUGAAGUCCCUACGGGAAAGACUAAAGAUCUCCAGGGAAGAAAGAUUGACAAUUUAAUUAUUACUACAAAGUGUUUCCAAACCGAGGCUGCCCUACAACCUUAUAUCGAGAAUUUGUCAUCACAGUCAAAUGUAUUAAUUUUACAGAAUGGUAUGGGGAUGCCUGAUUUUCUCAUCAAAAGAUUUUGGGCAAACGGAUCAAACUGUCCCAAGUUUUUCGAAGCCAUUACGACUCAUGGAGUAUAUGUUGACGAGAAUGGGCUAGUGAAUCAUGCGUCAAAAGGAACCUUGCAAAUCAGUGACAAGAACGGCACUCUGGAGAAAAUGAUGCCAGAGACGAUUCAAGCAAUUUUAGAUACACCCAGUUUGAACGCAGGGUAUGUAGGGUAUCAUGAUUUUAUUUUACUUCAGAUGCAAAAAUUGGUCAUCAAUUGUUGUAUUAAUCCUUUAACGGCUAUAUUUGAUGUCAACAAUGGACACUUGCUUUAUGGUGAUGAGACUGCCAAUCUUUGGAAAUCGAUUAUAACGGAAUGUGUGGACAUGUUUUUUUUGGAAUAUUCCAUCCUACAAGAGAUACCUCAAUCAAGGGCAUUUUUAAGUGAAACUAGACUCUUGGACAUUGUCACUUCAGUAUGUCAAUCAACUGCAUCGAACAGCUCCUCCAUGAGACAAGACACCAGGAAUUUGAGAAACACUGAAAUAGAAAAUAUGAACGGAUACAUCUCCUUUUUAGGGAAAAAACAUAAUAAAGCUACUUUCACGAAUUCGAUGAUUACAAGUAUGGUGAAGACGAAGCUCAGUAUAGAUAGAGGUAUUGAUAAAGCUUCCGCUGAUGCAAUACUAAGCCUAUAG